AUGGAGGACUUACUCAAGGCUCUUCGUAAUAUAGGUCUGUCCUUGCCGGAUCCCGAGCAGCUCCUCCAACUCUCGGAUCCGGACACCGAGGUUCAGGACAACCUCGCUCGUCAUCUUUCCCUCACACCGGCCAAAGACGAUCUUGUGCCCGACGAGCAAGACUCCGGUAUUGACGGCGCAGAGACAACGACUCAGGAGGAUGAGGAUGAAUCUGCUUUGGAUCCUCUCAUGGACGCGGACCUAUUCAAAGGCGCCGUACAAGCACUGCUCGAGAACUACAAUAAAUCCAUAGACAAAGAGAGGGACUUUCUACGCAAAGAGCAAGACGCCCUCGCCGCGCCCAAAAAGCUCAAGCCAGUGCCAUUGAAAGCACUUCUGGCCAGGCAAGCAGCAGAAAUCAAGAAGCGUCAAGAGGAGGUCUAUACUGCUGGCCACGAUCCAGAAUCCGGUCGCAAGCGCAGAAGGCUCUACCUUCCACGUCAGACCUUCGACGGCGUAGGCAGCUAUGCUUCGGACACUCCGAUAGAUCAUCUCAAACGCGUCGAUGCAGAUGAGCUCGAAGCGCCCAAAAGAUUCAAAGGUCGGUACAUCCUUUGCAAAGUAGCCUCCAGUCUCAACCUCUACGUCAGCUGCACCUUCAUCGGCGUGCUCCCGUCCGGUAACGCGAUCCCAAUCAGCAUCGCCCACUUUACAAGCAAUCUGCAUCUCAGCGGAGCACAAUUAGAUGCGCAUCUUCCCGUAGGAACAGUGAUCGCGAUACGGGAGCCUUACAUCAGUCUCAACCACUUUGCAAAGGGCGGGCCGUGCCAGGGUGGAAAGAGCGUUCCCGGUGUUCGCGCAGACACUCCUACAGACGUUCACAUUCUCGACCGCUGCAGCGAGCAAGAUAAGAAGAUCCUAGAAGAGGUCUCUUGGAAAGUCGACGUGGCACAAGACGACGAUCAACAUUUCAGCGAUGUCAAAUCCUUGCUGUGCAAUUCUCCCACCGCGGCUAACAGUAGGGGCUGCCGAUGGCUUCAAGAUGGGCCGCUCGCUCGCAUCGUCGUCUCCUCUUCCUCAGAGCAUCUCGAACAGCUUUUGGGGACCCUCUCAGCGGAAGAGAAGACGGGGCUGGGCAGACGGACGCAUUCGCUCAUCCAGUCGUUCCUCAGCGAGAAUCGUCCGGGAGCCGCACACCGCGAACUCUGCGCCGCUCGCAUACUCGGCAUUCCGCUCUCCAACAAACCGGACAGCGCGACAGCCGAAGGCCUCGAGCUCGAAGGACAAGUGCUCUACAAGAAGUGCGACUUCGCAGCGAGUCGUCUCGCGUUCGAAGCAGCUCUCUCCGCAUACCCUCGCUCACAGCGUACAUCAGCACAAGACCGGAUCCUCGAGACCCUCAACACCGUUCGAUCCGCACAGAAGGCAUCUGCGCUCGGUCCCACGCAUGAGAACGUGUGGGCAUACUACUUUGACUCGCAAUCGUAUGCAACUCCACGCUUCGACAUUCAGGAUUGGUUCGGACCUGUCGCGAUCGAAAACAUUCCCGGUGCAGGGAGAGGGUUGGUUCUGACACGAGAUGUGGAGGAAGGAGAGUUGCUGCUGUGCUGCAAAGCAGCUGCAUCGAGCUACGCCGCCGAGACUGGGUCCAGAGGUGUUUUUCUGUUGCGAUACUCGGUCGAAUCGGGGGUCACGAGCACGACGACGCAAGUGUUGGCAGCGACCAAGAGCAUUCAGGCGAUGAUCGAUAGACCAGACGAGCUGACGCUGCCCAUCAUGGGUUUGACGGCGGGCCCGGGGAUGGAGUAUUCAAAGUGGGUUGCGGCAGAGUACCCUGCGCCUCCGCAUCGCGACUACACGGACGAACAGACACCAGCAAGUCAGAUAGAUGCGCUCGUUCAGGCCUGUUCAUCGCAGCUCGAUCUCAGCUCUGCUCGGCAAGACGAGUGGCGUCGAGUGAUCCUCAAUGGCUCCAUGCGCCCUUCAAUCGACUCGAGCUACGUCGACGGUGUAUUGCGUUUCAACGCCUUCGGACCAGCUGCGAACCCCGGUGGCAAAUCGACCUCUACCACCACCGACAAAUUGCAGCAAGACUCCGAGUUGACGCGCUCGACCAUGGUGCACCCACUUCCGGCGAUCCUCAAUCACGCAUGCCUUCCCAACGUGUCAUCCGUGUUCUUUGGCGACAUCGUCACCACGCGUGCACUUCAUCCUCUGAAAAAGGGCACAGAGAUCAUGCAUCAGUACGUCAAAGGCGAACAACCUUGGCUCAUCCGUCGGUCGCAACUGUCCAAGCACGGAUUCAAAUGCAACUGUGGUAUCUGCCAGUUGGACGAACGAGACGGCGAGGAAAAGGUGCGAGAAAGAGGUCAGAUCGUUGGAGGGUCGUUGUCGAUGUUGCAGGAACGAAGUCGGAUCGUGCUCAAGUCGUCCACUUCAACGGAUCAAUCGCAGGAAAAGCAGGAGGAUGACCGUCGAGAUCUGGCCGAGUCGCUCGAAGAGAUGGUGGGAAAGGUGCAGGCGACGUACGACGCCUCGAGGCCGGGAUUGCGUCCGGAUCUGAUGAAGAUCUAUCAGCUCAAGGCGCUGCACGAGAGCGCGUACGAUGUUGACGCUGCAGUUGCAUCGGAGCUAAAGGCGCUCGAAUCGAUCGGAUGCACAGUAUCGAAAGGUGGCGAGGGCAGGAUACUGAACGAAUUGCCGUCGUUGCACUUUGAUGGCGGGAUCACGUCGAUGCUUACGCUGGCGAAAUGGAGCGUCAAGCAGGACAAGAUGGACGAGGCGAGGAGGUGGGUGGAGCAGGCGUUCUACACUCAUCAGUGUACGAUCGGUGGCGGGUUGGACAUCUUCUGGGAUCGCUGGCUGGAUGCUUUCCCAGAUCUUCCGUAUCGUGAUUGGCUGCCCCGAUGCUAG